AUGAAUCAUAAGACGCUCUGCUCGCUGCAUAACAUGUCCAACAACAAGGAUUCGAUGACAGCUUCUCGAAGAAAGAUGCUACUGACACUGCUGGUCCUGUACCAAUGUAUUUUCGAAGCUCAUUCCGUAGCAGGGAACAGGCAGUUGAAAGACGUGCAAGUUAAAAUACCGAUGCAGAUUCGUGCCCGCCGUUACUGUACCGAUGCUGAUUGUAUCAAAACCUGUCCCAUGGAUUUUGAAUUAGAUAACGAUAAGCAGUUCUGCCGCUACAAGCGAUCGGCUUGUCCAGCCAACUACGUACGUCGGCACGGGAGUUGUGUCCUAUCGGAGAUUCAGUGUCCCCCAGGAAGUGUCCGCCAGGGCAACAGAUGUGUCGUCAAAACUUUGGAUUGUCCCACCGGUUACAUUCUCGAAGGCAACAACUGCGUCAACGCCAGAUACUGCCCGGAAGGAUACCACUGGGAAAAUGGCUUCUGCUACCAUCAACCGCGCACGCAAAUUUGUCCCAACGGUUACGAGAAUCGACAAGGAAAAUGUAUCCAAAUCUGCGUUAACUGUGAUGCGGCGUGCUCGGAUUGCGAAGAGGAGAGUGUGACCUUGAAAUGUCCUGCAAGCUACGAAUUGUACCGAGGCAAAUGUUUAAAGAUUGUUCAGGGCAGAGCUGAUGUAGUGCUGAGGAAUGCUACUUACAGGGUACCAGUUGAAUGCGACAAUGAGGAUGUUUACAACAAUGGCUUAUGUAUGAGGAGGAAGUUCGAAAGUCCGCGUUGUGACACAGGAAGCUUCUAUGCUGGGAAAUGCGUGGAGGUGGCUAGGUGUUCGCAAGGUGUGUUUAGCAAUGACUGUGAGUGUCUUGUGGAAAGCACGUUGCCAGCAGUGUGCCGUCAAGGUCAACCUGGUGCUUCUGGAUGUGUGAUUUCAAAAAGUCAAUGUCGCAAACCUUCACUGCUCGUGAAUGGAUUAUGUGAGGGGAAGUUAGAUUCACAUCGAGCGUUCUGUGCAUCCGGAUCUCCUUUUGAUAGCAUGUAUUGCACUUCAAAAGCACCAGUUUGUCCAACUGGGCUUGUACUAGAAGGAUCGUUCUGUAAGAGGAAUGUAUCGCACCCUGUGGAUUGUGGAAGAUUCCAAUGGCGUGAUGGAUGGUGUAGUACUAGUGCAACAUGUGAAUCGGGAUAUAAAUUACAAGAGAAUGGUGACUGUGUCCGGGAAAUGAGGACGCAAACGGAUUCAUGUCUAGCGUCCACAACGUACGAUGGAGAGCACUGUGUGAGCAAUGCUCCGUUGUGUGAACCAGAUCACGAGUACGACGAACGAUAUGGGAUUUGUGUGCGAUGUAUGGAGCAGCCGGCUGUUUGUGAUACAACUUCCGGAUAUCAGUUGAACAAUGGAACGUGCGUUAAAUACGAACCUCUCUGCCCGCCGGGAUUCAAAUGGAAACAUAAUCACUGUGAAAGCAGCUCGUCUAGCUAUGUAGAAUGUAAAUCAGGACAAUUUUUCGACAAUUACUGCGUCCAUAGCCACCUCAACUGUCCUGACAAUCAAGAACUCAUAGAUGGAGUUUGUGUUCAUCAGGAAGUACCUAGCUGUCCAGAAGGCGCCGUCUACCAGAAUGGACUUUGCGUAGCAGUUAAACAAUGCCCUCCUGGCUAUACCGUUGGACAACACAGCUGUAUCGAAGAAACGCGUACUGCUUUGAACGCCUCUGUUAAACCUGAAUGUCGACAUGGUUUUCACUAUGAGAAAGCCAACUGCAUUAGGACGAUCCGUACAGAUGUUGUUAAAGAUUCAAGGCCUGUACAGUGCGCCAUUGGAUACACCCUGCAAAAUGGAAAAUGUAUUAAGGAAUAUCACGGAUUACUGGUGUGUCCUCCAAAAACCAUCCACAUGAACCAAGAAAACAAAUGUUUCUGUAAAGUUGAUCUCGUGUGUCCCAGUGGCUAUGAAAGAAUGGGUGAGGAAUGCGUUUUUCGAUCGACAAACUAUUACUCUCCAUAUCUUAACUUCCUGAACCCUUGCCACGGCAUCCAGUGCAGUCUGCAGUACUGUUUAUCUCAAUGUUUCAGUCCACCAUGUCCAGUGCAACCAUGUUCAUACGGAGUUCAGCACUUCAGCUCCGUGUACGGUGGCGGCAGUCAACAGAAUUCUGAUAUUUGUGGCAUUGGAGAAACCUGUACGACCAUUGAUAAACAGGAAACUAUCGUCAGCCUGACAUGUCCUCCCGGUUACGACAAGGAGAACAAUACAUGCAUAACAUUUUACAGUAGGAUUUGUCAAAGUGGUUACAAGAUGGUCGAUGGUGUAUGCUUAAAAAUCGAAGAGUCAAACAUCAUGUGCCCUUUAGGAUACGGAUUGACGAAUGGAACGUGUAUUCGCCUACAUUGUGAUGCAGGAUACACACGGGAAGGUACCACCUGUGCCAAGAUAGAGUACCAUACGCCUUUUGCCUGUCCGAAGAACUACAUCUACAUUGAAGGCAUUUGUUUGCAUAAAAGUGACUGUCCCGGUGGUUCCGUUGAAGGUAACCAAUGUGUUCGGAGAAGAUACGUUCACUUCAGAUGUCCUCCGAAAUUUACUCAGAUCAACGAUACUUGUGUGUUGAUUGCCACCUGCCCAAGUCAAAACCUGUUCUUUACCGAUAGCGUUUGCAGAAGUGCAGAGCAAAUACAGCUCCGAUGCCCUCCGGAAACGAAACGAGUCAAGGAAAUGUGUGUGUAUGAUAAAGGAUCAAAGUUUGAAAAAAUCAGCCUGGAGCCAUCGAGAUGCAACGGAAGAGUGAUAGUACCAGAUAAUAUGUGUGCCUACAUUGAGACUCCUUCUUGUGACAAGGGAUAUGUUUUAAAAAACGGCAGAUGCGUCACUUGCGCCUCGAAGACUCCACACUGCCCGUCCGAUAUGGUCAUCAUCAAUCGGAAGUGCAUCAAAUAUCAUAAACUGUGCAGAGAUGGAUGGUACCUUAACAAGGAAGGACAGUGCAUAGCAGUGACCAUACGGUCAGCAACAUGUGCUCAAGGCAGGAUUUCCUUCAACAGAUGCAUACAAGGUUUUCCCUCAUGCAAGAUAGGUUAUACUAUCGUUGGAAAUAUGUGUGUACACAAGGAAAUGGUUUUAGCGAAAUGCAACGAAGGAAUAUUGCUCGAUGGUACAUGCGUCAGUCUACUACAAUGCAAUGGACCAGACUUUGUUAUGUCUAAUGGAUGGUGUGUACGAAAUGAGUAUUCUGAACCCUCUUGCAAUAGCAGAACAGCAAGAAUGCGGGACGUCUGCAUCAGCGGUAAUCCCAAGUGUCCAGAAAACCAUUAUCAACUUAACGGACAAUGCUGCUCACAUCGAGUACAACAAGCAGAGUGUUCAAACAAUGCCCGAUGUCUGGAGAACUUCUGUCCCGUCUCAUACCCUAGUUGCAGCACUUCAUUCAACUUCGAUGGAUCCGUCUGCACCAAGGUGAUCUCUCAUUCUCCUAAGUGCCCUAGUGGAACAAGUCCAGUCAGUAGCGAUCGUGACUACUGUCAGUAUUCUACGGAACAAGCCGAUUUCUAUUGUCCCAAUGAAUACAAUUUUAAAAAUGGCAUCUGCCAAAAACGCCAAUACGUGGAAGCAAGCUGCCCAAGCGGGUUCCGCCGAAAGUUGGAUUCCUGUAUUCGUAAAGUAUGCAACAAUGCUGCCCUUACUGUUUACUGCGGUUCGCAGGGACAAUUUUCACCAUCGCUAUCACCUGUAACGCAUGUCCCUCAUUUUCCUGCCCCAAGACCGUUCAACACAUCAACCUCAUCCGUUGCGCAGGGCGAAGUCUGUUGCCGAAUCCACUCACCCAGGAUAUGUAGAUUUGACGAAAACGCCGACGAAUGGAAUUGCUACCAUACAGAACAUAAUCGAUGCGGAUCAUUCUGUUAUCGUCAAGACCAGCGCAUCUAUCUGCGCACUUCAGAGUCGUACUAUUUCAAUGAUGUUUUGAUUCUGAUACCUCCAGAGCACGGUACGGAAAUCAGAAUUGAAGAUUUUGAUGAAAACUAUGAUUACGUGGACGAUACAAAACCGAGCUGCGACGGAUGUACGGAUCGGAGCUAUGAUUGCGACAGCUAUUGCUACACCUAUGAGUGCCAGAAAUCAGGGAGCCAAUGCGACUUUAGGGAUCAGCGUGAAUUUUGCUCCGCCCACCCGGGACCUGGAUGCAGCGCCAAAGAUGGCUGCUAUAGCCGAGAUUUUUGUAUUCAAUAG